UUAUUAUUAUUUUUAUUAUUUUUAAGAUUAAUGUCAUCAAUACAUAAUUAAUGUAGAUAUCAGGUUGUGAAUAAUAAAAACAAGUAAAUUUUGCAGCUCUAAAUGCGCAAUUAAAUAAAUGUGAUCAUUGUAACGUACAUCGCUGAUAAGUUGUUUGAUUGCACAACGUAGUUAAGUGUCAACUGUUUACUUGAUUUGAUGGAAACAAAAAAAAAAAAUAAAUAAAAUGUUCCUUGUCGAUGAAUCUUAACAGAAUAGAUUUGUCUGUUGUAAUUGUAACCUGAUAUUGAAAUAUAGUUAUUUUUUCGUGUGAAAAUGAAAUAGUGUUUGUUAAAAUAUUAAAAUGGAUACUGUUCAAUGGCUGGCAAUUACUCUAACAUUAACUUUUGGGAUUUGUGAUGCUGAUCCACUAGCUAGAUAUCAACCAGAACAAAUCCACUUGUCACUAGGUGAAUCUGAAACUGAAAUAGUUGUUACAUGGUCUACAUGGAAUAAGACUGAUGAAUCAAUUGUUAAGUAUGGUAUUAAUGGGCCAAUUAUCAAGGCAUCUGGUACUUCCACAUUGUUUGUAGAUGGUGGUGAACUUCAGCGUUCUCAAUACAUCCAUCGCGUUAGUCUUAGUGGAUUGCAGCCUUCCAGCAAAUAUGUUUAUUACUGUGGAAGUAAUAAAGGCUGGUCUCCUCAAUUUUGGUUUAAUACUGUUCCUAGUGAUAAAAAUUGGUCACCUAGCCUAGCCUUUUUUGGUGAUAUGGGCAAUGUAAAUGCCCAAUCCCUCCCUAGAUUACAAGAAGAAACAGAAAGGGGACUUUAUGAUAUGAUACUUCAUAUUGGUGAUUUUGCAUAUGACAUGGAUAGUGAUAAUGCUAGAGUUGGUGAUGAAUUUAUGCGUCAAUUGGAACCUAUCGCUUCAUAUGUACCUUAUAUGACUUGUCCUGGAAAUCAUGAACAAAAAUAUAAUUUCAGUAAUUAUAAAGCUCGUUUUAGUAUGCCAGGUGACUAUGAAAACAUGAUGUAUAGUUUUAAUUUAGGACCUGCACAUUUCAUUAGUAUUUCUACAGAGUUUUACUACUUUCUUUACUAUGGAAUCAAACCAGUUGUAAUACAAUAUGAAUGGCUUGUAAACGACUUAAAAGAAGCAAAUAAACCUGAAAACCGAAAACAGAGACCUUGGAUUAUUGUGUACGGGCAUAGACCUAUGUAUUGUUCUGAUGAUGAUAAAGAUGAUUGUACGUAUCAUGAAACGAUUACUAGGGUUGGUCUUCCUGUAUUACAUUGGUUUGGAUUAGAAAAUUUAUUUUAUGAUAAUGGAGUUGACUUGUGCCUUUGGGGACAUGAACAUACAUAUGAAAGAAUGUGGCCUGUAUAUGACCACACUGUUUAUAAUGGAUCUUAUUUAGAACCAUAUACAAAUCCUGGAGCUCCUGUUCAUAUCACAUCUGGUUCAGCUGGCUGUAAAGAAAGAACUGACAAUUUUAUUCCCAAUCCCCCAGAGUGGUCAGCAAUUAGAAAUAGUGAUUAUGGUUAUGGUCGUAUGAAGAUCUAUAACAGCUCUCACUUGUAUAUUGAACAAGUGUCUGAUGAUUUGGAUGGUGAAGUCAUAGAUCACAUAUGGCUCAUCAAGUAUCAUCAUAAGCCAUAUGGUAAACGAACAUCAAAAUAAUCAUCAAAACCUUGAAUUUUAAUUAGUUAACCUUCUUUAGACUAAAUACUUAUAUUACGAUUUUAAGAC